AUGGUACACCUCCGCCUCAAUGAUCCCGACACUUCGCGCAACAAGCAGAUCAACUACAUCACAGCGCUGCCUCGAUAUGCCGACAGCGAGCAGGCUCAUCACAGGCUCUUGCAGCUGGCUGCCCAGGUGCAGCCGGUGAUGAAGAGCCGCGGCUUCCAGAUCAACUCUCUUGAGGAGUUUGAGUGGAAUCGCGAGUUCGCCGGACGCAACUGGAACAAUGGCGAGACGGUCGAGCUGGUGCUCAGGCGGCAAGAUGGAUCCUUUGCUCCUCUGCAAUGGGUCCUGAUGGUCUUCUGCCAUGAGUUGGCUCACAUCAAGUACAUGAAUCACAUUCCGUCCCAGCACGGAAAGCUCGACCGCGAACUCCGCAACGAGUGCAGGGAGCUCCAGGCACGCGGCUACUACGGUGACGGCUUCUGGUCGGCGGGGCAACGCCUGCAAGACAACGGCUUUGUUGCCGGAGACGGUCUCAACAGCUUGCAGGGCCUACCCGAGUAUUCCUGUGGUGGGGCAUUUCGAAGCAAGCCGAGUCGAAGGCAAGGCAACAAACGUCGUCGCACCAACGCCGCCUCGGCCCCGCGCAAAAGAGGCUUCAAGGGUCCCAGCCUGCAAACGGGAGCUCAGACAGCGCCCAACACCAAAGGUGGGAGACGCGUGCAGGCCCCCUUACCCGGCUCGGGCUCUCGCGUGGACGGCAUGAAUCAUCUGCCCAAAGCCUCGGCUUUCGACUCGUCCUACAAGCAAGAUUCCAACUCGACGUUCCGAAAGCGCACACAGACCGCCUCGGCUCGCGAGCUCAGAGCACAGGCUGCCAUGCGCCGUCUCAACGCUCUCAAGACCGAGGAGGCCACCGUCAAGCCACUCACCAAUCAAGAGCCGUUCUGGCCCAACGAGAAGCGGGACUCAAUAGGUAGCUCGGCCCGCUCGAGCGCAUCGGUAGAUGGCGGAGGUCAUGUGAAAGAGGAGGCCGGUAGCAGUCACGGUGACAGCGAGACCGAGACCGAAGACGAGGAGGAUACCAAAGACGACGGCAUGGUCAUUCAUCUAGAUGACUCGUCCGAAGAUGAAUCGAGCGUGAGAUCAUCUGCGUCCGUGACGAAGCGCGAGGCGGAAGAUUGGCUCGCUGGCUCCAGUCGGGUCAAACAAGAGCCCGACUCACACCCGCACCAGACGCUGGCGAGUAAAGAGAGCCAAGAGCAGAGGUUGGAAAGAGCGCGUUUGUAUCGCCAGCACGAGCUGCAGCAGGGCGGCACCAUGCGCCCCACAAACGAAGACUGGCUCGACUUUUGCUCGAUCGCACGCCUGACCAAUCCUAGCUCCAUUGCAGAGGAUAGCGUCGGAAGUGCCACACGAUCCAACCCAAUCGAGAUCCUCUCUUCGGACGACGAAAGCAGCUCGGUGAGCAAGACUGCGCGCAAAGCCGCGCCCAAACUGUCGUCUCGACUGGAUCAGACGCAGUCCUGGUCGUGCCGAGUUUGUACGCUCAUCAACUCGGCCUCUGCCUUGCGCUGCGACGCCUGUCUCACAACCAAGGGCUCAUUCCUAGUCGGUCAAUGA